AUGUUCAAGAUGAAAAAGAAAGUAGAUGAUAAUAAAAGAAGGUCAGUAACAACUCCUAAUAUUCAAGCAUUAAUGCAAAAAAGAAAUAGUGCAUAUGUUGAAGAAGAAGCAAAAAAUUUAAUUAAAGUAAAUCCAUUCAAACUAGGUAGAUCAAGUUCAGUUAAUGUAUUUAUGGAAUAUGGUGGUGAUUUUUCAGAUGAUCCAAAUCCAAUCAAUGUAAAACCUCCAGUUCAAUUACAAUCACAAGCUCAAUCAUCUCAACUAAGUGCUAAAAAUAAAAUUGAUUCUGAAACAGAAGAUUUGGAGCUACAAUAUAAUAAUUCGGAUAAUUCUGUAACUGGAAAUCAAACUGCAUUUGAUCCACUAGAUAUAGAAGCUUCACCUAGAGAUACAGAACAAGUAAUUAUAGAACCUUACAAUAGGGAAACAAAUAAAAGGUACUCGUAUUUACAACAAUCUGAAAAUGAAAACAAUACAAAUAACUUGCAUAUUCUGGAAACUCCUCAAAAAGUGGAACUUCAUAAAAUAUCUCCUACAAAAUGUACAGAAAUACCUGUAUUUGAAAAACCUAUUCCUAACUUGAAACCAGCUACUAAAGUUUUGCCAAAAUCAAAGAAAUACUUGGGAAGGGGUACGAACAUACCAAAAACCGAAGAAGGCCUCUCCUCAAAUGCAAGCCUAGAAAAAGGUUUUGAUGGUGGUUUAAAUAAAUCUCCAAAUCUGAAUGUUCUUUCACCGUUGGAUUCAGAUUCUAAUAAUGAUUUUGAGUCAAACCUAAAAUUCUCAGACGAGGGAAAUUCACCAAGAAGAGAUGCAACUGUUAUAUAUACAAAAAAAUCAAGUGAAAAUGAUUCUGGUGGUUCUUCAAAAGAGAAACAUAAUGAAGUUAAAUCAAAUUUUGGUCCUGGUGUACUUAGUUCUAGAAAUCUGGUCAUUAUAGGUAGAACUUCAAUUGAUCGUAAUCAUCACAAUCGGAAUUCAAAUGUUUCAGAAUUUUCAAAAGAUGAACCUUAUAAGUCACCAACUCCUACACCAGAACUGGAAAGUUUUUCCAAAAAGGGUCUUCUAAUUAUUAUUGUAAGUUUGGUCUGUAUAAUUGUUUUAUUAAUUUCUGGUUUUGUCCCUGCUAUAUAUCAACUAUCAAAAGGUACUCACGAUUCAAUCAACAAUUAUUUUCAAAAUAGAAAAAAUUUACCCCACCUACAUGAAUUAGUUGAGAAAUAUUUAUAUCAACAGAAAAAUAAAUUUGAUUUUGGAACACCAAUAAAUACAAUUGAAGGGUUAAAUGAAGACGUCAAAAAUGAUCUGGAAGUUGUUCUGUUAAUGAGUAGUGUUUCAAAUUUAAUGUUCCAUGGAAUUGCUUAUUCUCCAAUUAAUGCAUUAGAACCUUAUUGUGGAUUUGCAAAACAUGAUGCUAUGUUGGAUUUAGCUAAAUUAUCAACUAUAACAACAAGAAUAAGAACUUAUGGAAUGCAAUGUGAUCAAGCUGAUCUAAUUUUAGAUGCAAUAGAAUUUAUGAAUUUAAAUAUGACUUUAGCUAUGGGAGUAUGGAUUGGUCUGGAUGAUGAAUUAAAUAAACAACAGAUGGAUCAAAUGAAAAAGAUUAUUGCAAGGCUACCUGAACCUUCAAAAUUGAUAAAUUCAAUAUAUAUUGGGAAUGAAGUACUAUUUCGAGAAGAUAAAACAGAAAAAGAAUUAAUUGGAUAUAUACGUGAUGCUAAAAAUUUCUUAAAAAUAAUGAAUAUUGAUGAUAUAGCAGUUGGUACAUCAGAAAUUGGUUCAUUAAUAAGUUCAAAUUUAUUAAAAAAUUGUGAUGUUAUUGGAGCAAAUAUUCAUCCAUUUUUUGGAGGAAUAGCAGUUGAAGAUGCAAUAAAGUGGACAUUAGAAUUUUUAGAUUAUCAAGUUAGAUCAUAUAAUGAAGAGAUUGAUACUCAUAUAGUUAUUUCUGAAGUUGGUUGGCCAAGUGGAGGUGGUCUGUACGAGAAAGCUUAUGCAAAUAAAGAAAAUUUAAAAUAUUUCAUUAGUGAAUUUUUAUGCAUUUUGAGAAACUUACCAAUUGAAUAUUAUUUUUUCGAAGCAUUUGAUGAACCAUGGAAACAGGUAUUUUGGUCACCAAAUCAAAAAUGGGAAACUCAAUGGGGAAUUUUUAAUUCUGAUAGACUGAAUAAAUUUUCUUUACAAAAUUUAGGAUGUAUUUAG